CCAUGUGAAACCGUUUAUGCCGAUCUGAAUCUUCCCUUAAACCCCAAAUUGUCGUUGUCUUCGUAAUUUCGUAAAACCGUCCCUCUCUCUCGCUCGUCCGCCCUCGCCCGCAAGUUCCAGUCUGCCAUCUCUAUCCUCGUACUUACGGUGAUAUUGCUGAUUCUUUGUAUUUCUUAGAGAAUGACCGCUGUCUAGAUUUUUCAACAGUUGAAUAAAGAAGUAUCUUGACCACCUCCCACUUAACAAAAGAGUCAAAUGAGCUUAGUUUUGAGAUUAACGCAUCAUUUAUCAAAUGGGAUUUGUAAAAAGCCCAUUGUCUCCUCUUUCGUGCUCCUGAAUAUUUUAGACUUCAACAAAAGAGUGAUGUCUCGAGGCUUUGGCCAGACCGCUAGGAAAGAGGUGGUGGAGGAAGAUGACGAAGAGGUAGAAAUCGAUCAGAGAAGGCUACCGGCUGAUUAUGACCCAGCUACUUUUGAUCCAACGGAGCAUCGUAGUCCUCCUACUGAGCGUGUUUUCAGGCUUGUAGAUGAAAUUGCUAAUCUCACAUUGGCUGAAGUUGCUGAACUGGGUUCGAUUAUAAUGAAGAAGAAAGGAAUGAUGGAACCACCAGUAGUUGGGGUUAUGAAGCCUGGUGCUGCUGGAGUGAUGGGCAUGGCAGCAAUGAAAGGGGCAAGUGCAGGAGCAUUGGCUAAGGAGGAGAAAAAACCCGAAAAAACAGUGUUCGAAUUGAAAUUGGAGUCUUAUGAAGCAGCUGCUAAGAUUAAGAUAAUUAAGGAGGUAAGAACUUUUACUGAUUUGGGACUUAAGGAAGCGAAAGAUUUGGUGGAGAAAACACCAUCUGUAUUGAAAAGGGGUGUAUCUAAGGAAGAAGGCGAGCAAAUUAUUGAGAAGUUGAAAGCUCUUGGUGCAAAAGUAGUAAUGGAAUGAAUGGAAAAGGUUUUUGACGGCAAGGGUCAUCUUUGCGGGACUCUUUUGAUUGUUCUCUUAGGCACUUCAACUUCUCCACCGUUUACUAGAACUUUUAUUUUGAGGUCAUGGUGUGUUUGUGUUGAUGUCUGAGCUUAUGAAGCUGAUACUUGUGAAGUGUGAACAAUGCCUCAAAGGUCUGCUGCAUGUUAGACCCUUUUUUUGCAGAGGAGUUAUUGAAUAUGUCUAGCAUUCAAUGUUAUCUUAUUUCAUGUUGUUUCUGUGAUGAUCCAUUAUUCCAAUAAGAAAACUGAACUUUAGAGAAUAUCUCAAGUUUUUUCUUUCCAAUUUAGUUUGUUGAUGCGUGCUGAUAUGGAUCUUUUUUUGGGUGGAAUUUCCCCCAUUAAGUUGAUAAGAAAUGCACCCCCUCUCCCCAGUGAAGUGCUA